AAACGAACGAGUUUCAACCUCUCUUCUCGUCGGAGCUGGGAGGCAAAAGACGGAGAGAUUCUCGCAGGAAGAAAACGAAGAAGAAGAAGCGUAAGAGAGAGAGAGAGACAGUUAAAAGACUGAUAAUGGAAAACUUGGACACUAGUUUUCCUGUUCGCCAUAAAAAGUUUUCAUUAGAAAGUAAGGGAAACAAGACAGAGAUUGUGAUCUGCAGCUAUGAAGAUCAUAUCCUUGUCAUAGCAACACAGAUUGGAGCCAUGGGAACUAUAUUGCACGCAAGGAAGGAAGAAGGGAUGUCUGUUGAACCAACAUAUAGUGUCUCAGUGAUAUUCGGAAAGCGAGAUGAGCCAAUGCUGAUAGCAACUGCUCGAAGACUCAUUGACCACAUAAGUUCUUAUGUUCCCUCGAAGCCUCUGGUUCUCUCACUUGGUCUCAAAGAUCAUUCUUCGGAGACGUUGAAGGAAAUAGUAGCGGCUGUGAUCGAGAAUCGCCUUUGGUAAUACAACAAGAUGUUUUAUGUUUUCUUCUGGGUUAAAAAAUAAUUAGUGAGGAGUUGUGGUAAUUUGUUUUUAUUAGUUUGGUAAUUCAACGUUAUAAAAGAUGUUUUGAGAUCUGAAAAAAAAAA